CACGCAUGUUCACUUCAUCAAAUCUGGCCCUCUUUGAAAAAAGUUUGGACACCCCUGGUCUAGGUUAAGGUGCUGCUAGCUAGACCAUUCAUUUAUGUUGGUUUUUUUACCGUGUUGUUUAUACUAGGUUGCCUAUUUUCAGUUCACUGCCUUUUAUGGACGCUAACUUUACCUGAUCCAGAAUGCGGCUGCUCGAGUUUUAACUAAUGCUUGUUAUAUGGAGCACGUUAUGCCAGUGCUCCGGUAGCUGCACUGGCUUCCAGUAUGUUUCUAGGCACAUUUUAAGGUCUUGGUUAUGACCUAUAAAGCCUUAAACGGGUUGAGUCUGGGGUAUCUGAAGGACCGUCUUCUCCCGCGUGAACCUGCCCCGGGGAUUGAGAUCAGCUGGGGAGACUGCUCGCUGUUCCUCUACUUUUAGAGAUAAGAUUAACAUCUACAUAGACCAGGGCCUUCUCAGCUUUUGCUCCCAGGCUGUGGAAUUCUCUUCCCUGGGAUAUUUUGUGUGUGUGUGUGUGUGUGUGUGUGUGUGUGUGUGUGUCCCUCCCUCCUCUUGCGAUGUCUUAGCAGGUUUUAUGUCCCCCUGGGAUCUCGAUUUUUAAUGUGUGUGCGUAUAUAUAUAUAUGUUGCAUUUUAAAAAUUGUGGAAGCUGCCUCGAAUAUUUUAAAUAAAGAGGAGGAGUAAAAAUAUUGUAACUAACUAACUAAUAUCUUUUUUGCUGUGAUAAGAACCUAAGCAUGGCCAGACUGGGUUGGAUCUAAGGUCCAUCUAGCCCUGUGUCCUGUCUUCCGACCAAACCCAGGUGCCCAAGUGGGAGUGAACAGAACAGGAAAUCGUCAAGCGACCUGGCCCCUGUUGCCCAUUCCUAGCUUUUGACAAAAGAUGCAUUUCAGGAAUGUUCUUCGUUGUGACAUAUGAACUGAUUGUACGGCUAGUAGAGUCAGAGUUUUUAAAAUGGAUUGCUCUGAUCUCCGCAGCGAUCAGGCUGAGGAAUCGCAUCCAGAUUUUGCUCCAGAUUUUCCUGUCUUCCAGGGCAAUGGCCGGGAUGGAGCCAGCUCAGAUGCGGGUGACCUUUGAGGAGGUGGCUGUGUAUUUCACCAAGGGGCAGGGGGCGCUGUUGGAUGCUCGUCAGAAAGCCCUCUACCGGGACGUCAUGCUGGAGAACUACGAGGCGGUGACCUCGCUGGGGUUCCCCGUUCCCAAACCUGAACUGAUCGCUCGGCUGGAACGAGGGGAAGAGCCCUGGGUGCCCGACCUACAGGCCGGGGAGGAAAGAGAGAUCCUGAGAGGCACCCGCACAGGUGACGACGCACUGAGGGAUAACGAGGCCUGGGAUUGGCAUGAGGAUGUCCCUGGGGAAAUGGAACCACGGGGGAGCUUUGUGGGAAGAGCAGAAAGGAAUUUUUUCCAGUGCUUGGAACAGGGAGAAGCCUGCGGAAAUUGGCAGGAGUCGGAGAGGCUGCUGGGAACCCACUCGAAGGAGCAAAUAGUUGAGUCUAUUAUAUGUGUGGAAGGAUACAAUAGUCCCGCAUCCCAGCAGUCAAACUCCAAGGAAGAGAAGCCGUACCUCUGCCUCCAGGAUGGGAAAGGCUUAAUUCUCAGUUUGCACUUUGUAACACCUCAAACAAUCCACGCGGGAGACGAAACCCUUCAAUACCUGGACUGUGGGGAAAGUGUCAGUAACGCCUCAGACUUCAGUAACCCUGGGAGAAGCCACAUGGGCGAGACAGCAAUUCAAUACCCUGAGUAUGGGAACUGUUUGAAUUGGAAGCUCGUACUAAAUACACAUCAGAUGAGCCACACAGGAGAGAGACCAUGUACGUGCUUGGACUGUCAGGGAAAUUUCAGAAACCAUCCAGCCUUUAUGAAACAUCCGGCAGUCCUCCCAAGAGAGAGACCCCACAAAUGUUUAGUCUGUGGAAAGAGUUUCAUACAGAAGUCAGAUCUUGUUAGACAUCUGAGAAUCCACACAGGAGAGCGACCCCAUCAAUGCUUAACUUGCGGGAAAUGUUUUAUUCGGAAGUCACACCUUGUAGCCCAUGAGGCAAUCCACACAGGAGAGCGACCCUAUAAGUGCUUGAUUUGUGGGAAAAGUUUCAUACGAAGGUUUCAGCUGAUUAUACAUCAGGCCAUCCACACAGGAGAGAGACCCCAUAAGUGCUUAGAUUGUGGGAAACUUUUCAAACGGAGGCCAGAUCUCACUAAACAUCAGGCAAUCCACACAGGAAAGAGACCCCAUAAGUGCCCAGACUGUGAGAAAUGUUUCAUACGCAGGUCAGAUCUCACUAAACAUCAGGCAACCCACACGGGAGAGAGACCCCAUAAGUGCUUAGACUGCGGAAAGAGUUUCAUACAUACAUCAGAUCUUGCUAAACAUCAGGCAAUCCACACAGGAGAGAGACCCCAUAAGUGCUUAGACUGUGGAAAGAGAUUCAUAUGGAGGUCAGAGCUUGUAAAACAUGAGGCAGUCCACACAGGAGAGAGACGUCAUAAGUGUGUGCACUGUGGAAAAUGUUUUAUUUGGAGGUCACACCUUGCAGCACAUCAGAGAAUCCACACGGGAGAGAGACCCCAUAAGUGCCUAGAGUGUGGGAAAAGUUUCAUACGGAGGUCAGACCUUGCUAAGCAUGAGGCAAUUCACACAGGACAGAGACCUCAAAAGUCCUUGGACUGUGAGGAAAAUUUCAAAAGCGGAUCAGAUCUUAUUAAUCACCAGACCAUCCACUCAGGAGAAAGUUCCCAUAAGUGCUUGGACUGUGGGAAAUCCUUCAAAAGGAGAUCAAGCCUUCUUAAACAUCAGGCAAUUCACACUGGAAAGAGACCCCAUAAGUGCUUUGACUGUGGAAAGAGUUUCAUAUGGAGGUCAGACCUUGUCAACCAUCAGGCCAUCCAUAUAGGAGAGAAACCCCAUAAGUGCAUGAACUGUGUGAAAAGUUUCAUAGAGUUGUCAGAACUUGUUAAACAUCAGGCCGUUCACACAGGAGAGCGACCCCAUAAAUGCUUGGAAUGUGGGAAAAGUUUUAUACGGAAGUCAGACCUUGUAAAGCAUCAGGCAAUCCACACAGGAGAGCGACCCCAUAAGUGCUUGGACUGUGGGAAAAGUUUCAUAGAGAAGGCAAAGCUUGUUAGACAUCAGGCCAUCCACACAGAAGAGAAACCCCACAUGUGCUUGGACUGCGGGAAAAGUUUCGCACAGAGAUCAUACCUUAUUAAACAUGAGAGAAUCCACACAAUAGCAAAAUUUCUGUAACACAUUAAGAGAGUUAAGCAGCUUUCAGGCUAAUUGACUCAGAUUCAACUUUUAGAAAUGUUAGAUAAGCGUGUAAAUAGUAAUUAGGGUCAGUAUUCCAAGUCAGAUAAGUGAGAGGCUGCAAAAACUCGUAGCAAUACUCUUGGUACGGUACCUGAACCUUGCAUCUUAGAUCUUCUUAAGCUUUAUUUGGAAUGGAGGCAUUUGAAUCGACAGCCACAUCUGGACCAUCCUGACAAUGAAUAUUUGGACACUGGAUGAAUCACUGGAUGAAAUGAUUCUGAAAAGAAUCCUUUCUCAAUUCCAAAGCACCAUCUCUGCUACGAAGCUAACCUAAGGACUCUAUUCAUGUCCGUAUGAGUAGUGAUCUUUUAACCAAAUCUCCUUCUCUUUUCUUCUUGUAAGGAAAUUGAGUUAAUGAGAAUCAGCUAUGAGCAUGUAA